CCAUUCACGACCAUUCAUUGCACUGCUCAUCGUCGGGGACCGCGGCCGGGCACAAACACACACUACACCGUUCCACGCAGAACGAACACCGCGCGCACACACGUGUGUACACAUAUUGCAUUGCUCACACUUCACCGCCGUUUGCCUGUCCGCCACGAUGGUCAAGUACGCAGCAGCAGCAGCGCUGGUGCUGGCGGUUACCGUCGCCGCGGCUGUCGCAGCCGAACAGACGGCAGCGCCGUCCGCUGAACAGCAGCCACCGCAGCAGAACGGCGACGUGUCCUGGACCGAAGUGAUCGCGUGCUACAGGAAGCCGCAAGCGGCCAUCGGGUGCCUGGAGUCGCGCAUGAGCCGCGCCAUGGUGUCGAUGCGCGACACGGCCGUCGGACUGGCCCACAGCGACCCGGACGCCGCGGCCGAGGACGUGGCCGGCGUCGGCGAUCUGGUCCAACAGAUCGGCGAGUUCAUCACGUACGGCAUGUCCAGUUACUUCCGCGGCGGCAGCAGCGACGAAGACGAAACCGCGGCACAGUCCGCCGGCGGGUCGCCCGUCAACGCGCCGAAAGACCUCGACGAAGGAAGGGGACAUCAUAAGAAAAAGAAGAUCCAAAAGGAAAUCAAGAAAUUCGUGUUGAAGGUUCUGUUCGGUAUCUAUCUGUUCAAGCAAAAGAUCAAGAUGAUCAUUAUGACGAUCCAAUCGAUACUGAUGAGCAAGUUCUUGAUUGUCGCAAUGGUCUACGCCAUUUCCAACACAUUCAAGAUCUGGUACGAUAUCAAGUGGAGCAAGCACGGUCACCACGACAAAGUCGUGUACUACGAGAAUGCCCACCACCAACACCAUUAUGAGCCCCCAGAGCACGGCGAGUUCGACGACCAUCACGACCAUCAUGGUUGGGGAAGCAGCGUCUGGGGCAGGAGUAUUGUGGCCACCGAAGCUUCUGUAAUGGAACCGCCCAGCGGCGGUGCACCCAGUUCUCAAGAUGGCAUCAGCCGCUAUGUCAGACGCGUGUCCAGGACCGCACAGCCCCAGGCUGGAGCACAGGCCAUGGCCUAUGGAGGUCAAAUCCCGAGUCAAUAAACAGCCGCACUUUCCAAUAUUUCUAUAUUUCAUACCCUAACCAAAACUAGAAAAUAUUAGGACUUUUUUUUUUUUAUAUAUUUCCCACUGUUAUAAUAUUAUCUGUAUACUAUAAAGAGCGACGGGCGCAGUACGGUGCACAGUUGAAAAUGCAUUCGUCGGAGGCUAAUUAUUCAGAGGGAUGUGCCGGUCGCGGGAAUCGGCCGUCUCAUAGACAAACUAUCUAUCGUCUGACGAUAUUAUUAUUAUAUAAAUCAAAAGACGUUAUGAGAAAACAUUCUUAUUCUAUGGAAAGUAAUUUUCCUGUAAUUCCUAAACUAGGCCAUAAUAUUAUCAUUAACUUGUAUGCACUCCUUAUUUAUUAUAAUAUAUACUUUUAUUUAAUUAGGAUCGUAAUCGUCCUUAACAAAAUAAAAUUAGAAUUAUAUAUAGUUUGACAACUCAUUAGUCUGGUCAGUUAGAUUAUAUUUAAUGAUUAAUUUGAAACUUAUAGUAUUAGUGUAAAAGACUUUUGUUUGUUUACUUAAUUUAAACUGAUAUAAUAUUAUUGCACUUAAAUAUUAAUGUUAAAAAAGUUAGUUUGUCGUUUGUAUGAAAAUCAUACAUGCCACAUACCUAUACGCACAUUUUUUACAAACGUGACAUUUACGUGAUAAAACCUGGCCUACGAAAUUGCUCAAUAUUUUUGGAUUCAAUAACAAUAGUUAAAUGUCAAUCGAUGUAUUAAUUUGAUUUAUAUAUCAUGAGGAUGAUACUAAAAUGAAAAUUAUUAUCCAGAAUAGAUAUUACGCAUUCAUAUUAUAUACUUAUUGUAUAAUUAUUUAUUUAUUUAUUUAUUUAUUUAUUUAUUUAUAUUAAUUUAUUAUAUUUUUUUUUUACAUUGUAAAAUAAAAGUUUUCAUCCGAA